GAGGAAUCUAAAGCACAACUCAUCCUUCCUUUCUGUUGAGAGGCAAACUGAGUGGUUUUUGCUGUUGACACCAAUUAGAAGACAUCAAGUAACAUCAGAUUUUGGACACUUUGAACUUCCAUAGUGACAUGUUCCUCUGCAGUGCCUAUGACAGAUUACAUGUAAGGAGUUUUGGAGAUGAUGGUUUAAAUCACGAGCAGCAUUUUGAAUCCCAACAGCUGUUGGAUCCUGAGUCAGACGACUGGACUGAGAACAGCCAACAGAGAUUCAGAGCAGAGAUCAACAGAGGCAACACUCACCAACCAGAUGGAUGAACUUCUCCAACAAUAGUGUGUUUUCAUUUUCUCAUAUGAAAUAACUUACCUCUCCAAAGGGCUGAUCCUGUUACCAAUUGAAAAUUGUAAACAUUAAUGUAAUAUUACAGGCAUAAUUGCGUACCCUCAUCAUAAUGGCACCUUUUAUUCCAUUAGACUUUGAAAGAUCAAAAUCAGAUGUUCGGCUUGCUGAUGCUGUUCAAGAACAAAGCAAACUGCUAGAACCACAGACAGGGCCUCUUCCUGUUUAUAAAGUCCCCCUCACACAGGAACAAAUCAAUGUUCCUGGGUUCAAGCGUUUCAGUUUUGGGAAAGAGUCCACUAAACAUAAUCGUACCAUAAUGGUUCUUGGAGCAACUGGGGCUGGGAAGUCAACUCUGAUCAAUGGAAUGAUCAAUUACAUUUUAGGUGUUGAAUGGGAUGAUUCAUUUCGGUUUAAGUUAGUUGAUGAGGGUCAGUCAAAAUCACAAGCUCACAGUCAGACUUCUGAAGUCACAGUGUACCAAAUCAACCACCAGGAAGGCUUUAAGAUCGAUCACUCUCUGACUAUUGUGGACACUCCAGGCUUUGGAGAUACAAGAGGCAUAGAAAGAGACAAAAUGAUCACAGAGCAGCUACGUAAUCUCUUCUCUGCUGAGCUUGGUGUCAGUGAAAUUGAUGCUGUCUGUUCUGUAGCUCAAGCUAGUUUAGCACGACUCACACCGACACAGAAGUAUGUGUUUGAUUCUGUGCUAUCAAUCUUUGGGAAAGAUGUGGCAGAAAACAUCAGGGUUCUGGUGACAUUCGCAGACAGCCAACGUCCACCAGUUCUAGAGGCAAUCAAUGCUUCAGGUGUCCCAUGUCCUAAAACAAAAGACAGGCUGCCAGUUCACUUCAAAUUCAAUAACUCAGUGUUAUUUGCAGACAACAAAUCAUCUGCAGCAAAAAGCACAGAUGAAGAUGAUGAAGGUGGAGAAUUUGAUAAGAUGUUUUGGAACAUGGGGACAAAAAGUAUGAAGAGGUUUUUUGCUGCUCUGAAUUUCAUAGACACCAAAAGCUUGAUGAUGAUGAGGGAAGUCCUCAGAGAAAGAAAGCAGCUUGAGAUUUCAGUUGAAAAUUUGCAGAAGCAGGUUAAACUUGGGUUAGCCAAGCUUGAGGAGAUAAAAGAGACGACUGAAAUACUGAAACAGCAUGAGGCAGUGAUCAGCAGAAAUAAGAAUUUUGAGUUUGAAGUCACCUUCAGAAAGCCUGUUCAAGUAGAUAUUUCUGGUUCUGGAAAUUACAUCAGCAAUUAUCAGCAGUGUAACUAUACCUGCCACUAUCCUUGUGCCUGUGGAAAUGAUGCAGAUAAAUAUAAACACAGGGUGAUGGGAUCAGGUGGAUACUGUAUUCAGUGCCCCGGCAAAUGUUAUUGGAAUGUACAUUUUAAUCAGAAGUACAGAUGGGAUUAUAAGGAGGUUAAAGAAAAACAAACAGUGAAAGAGCUGAAAGAAAAGUUCCUAAAAGCUGCAGAAGCUAAGAUACCUGUUCAGGCUUUGUUUGAAAAACUGAAGGCUGAAUAUGAUCAUGUGCAGGUGGAGGUGGUGGCAUUGAUGGAGAGGUCUGCAAAGUGUUUAAACAGACUCAAAGAGAUAGCACUGAAACCAAAUCCUCUCACCACUCCAGAGUACAUUGACAUGCUUAUUGAGGGAGAGAAAUCUGAGGCCAAACCAGGAUGGAAUCAACGAGUUCAGUCCCUGAAGGACAUGAGAGAAAGAGCAGAGAUCAAGGCUAAAGUAGAGAAACGAGAGAAACUCCUCCAGAGUCCACUAAAAUGGCUAAAUUUUGCAUCAGAUAAUUAAGCCUAUAGCACCAUUUGUAUCAUAUUUGAUACAUGAGUUUCAGAGACCUCUACAUCAUCAACAAGAUCAAUAAUUACCUGAAAGACGUAUUGUUUACAUGGCUCAUGUUAGCUGCCCUCUAGUGGAUCAUCAGAGCAAUGCAGGAAGUAGAGGUCCCUUUUUUACUAAAUUCAAGAUGUCUGCCUCUGAGCUGCAGCUCACGUGACUUACCAAGCUACUCAUUUUUAUAUUUUGUUAGUUUUACUUAUAUGCUAAGAUGAGCAUUACCUGGAUUGAAGCAGUAUAAAAACAUUGUGCACUUUAUUUUGUCCCAAUGUCAUGUUGAAAAUGUAUGAAUCAAAUGUGAUACAGUAUGUAUUUCAGAUAAUAUGUCUUUAAAUCCCUAAAUUAUCAUCAUCAUUUCUUUGCUGUUAAUAAUGCUUAUUAUUAUUAUUAUUUAUACACUGUUUUAGUUACCUGAU